UGUUGCUCUCACUCAGAGCCGGUGGCUGUGGCAGCGCGUGCAUGGCGAGGCCACGGAUAUAAGCGCGCACUCAGCUCAGCUUCGCUUUGCGUGCUUUCUUUCUUUCUUUCAUUUUCUUUCUUCCUCCCUUUGUUUCUCCUCCCUCGUAUUCCAGCUCACACGAUCCCAGCGAAUCCUGCACCAUGCCCGUGACCGUCACCAUCACCGCGCUCGGCCGCCUGUGGACUCUAUUCUGCCUCCGCGCGUGCUUUUACGCGAGCGCCGGAUUAGCGCAGAGCGCCAGAGAGGUGAUGCUACUGGACUCGAAGGCACAGCAGACAGAGAUGGAGUGGGUAGCGUCUCCUCCGAACGGGUGGGAAGAGAUCAGCGGUUUGGAUGAGAACUUCAUCCCCAUCCGCACGUACCAGGUGUGCCAGGUGAUGGAACCGAAUCAAAACAAUUGGCUUCGGACUAACUGGAUUGAAAAGGGGGACGCUCAGAGGAUUUUUGUGGAGCUGAAAUUCACGCUGCGGGACUGUAACAGUCUUCCCGGCGUGGUGGGAACGUGCAAGGAAACGUUCAACUUGUACUACCAGGAGACGGAUGCCGAGAUGGGCAGGAAUAUCCGGGAGAGCCAGUAUGUGAAAAUAGACACCAUCGCGGCGGACGAGAGCUUCACGCAGGGCGAUCUGGGCGAGAGGAAAAUGAAGCUGAACACGGAGGUGCGUAUCAUCGGUCCGCUCUCGCGCAGAGGCUUCUACUUGGCCUUCCAGGAUGUCGGGGCGUGCAUUGCUCUCGUCUCGAUCAGAGUUUACUACAAGAAGUGCUGGUCCAUCAUCGAGAACCUGGCCACGUUCCCAGACACAGUGACGGGAUCGGAGUUUUCCUCGCUCGUCGAGGUUGAGGGAACGUGCGUCGGCGACGCCGAGGAGGAGGCCGACAACUCUCCCAAGAUGCACUGCAGCGCCGAGGGCGAGUGGCUCGUACCGAUCGGGAAAUGUAUCUGCAAGGCCGGAUUUCAUCAGAAAGGGGACUCGUGCGAACCCUGUGGUCGUGGCUUCUUCAAGUCCUCGUCGCAGGACCUGCAGUGUUCGCGCUGUCCUGCUCACAGCUAUAACGACAGAGAGGGCUCGUGGAGGUGUGAUUGUGAGGAUGGAUAUUACCGUGCUCUUUCAGAUCAUCCCUCCAUCGCCUGCACAAGACCUCCAUCAGCUCCUCAGAACCUGGUCUACAACAUCAACCAGACCACCGUGACCCUGGAGUGGAACCCUCCGGCCGACUCAGGAGGCCGCAACGAUCUCACCUACCGGAUCGUAUGCAGGAGGUGCAGCUGGGAACCGGAGGAGUGCGUGCCAUGUGGAGGGAACGUGGCGUACAUGCCGCAGCAGAGCGGCCUCACGGAAACCUACAUCACCAUCAGCGAUCUUCUUCCCCACGCCAACUACACCUUUGAGGUGGAAGCCGUGAACGGAGUCUCGGACAUGAGUCGGACACAGAGGCUCUUCGCCGCCGUCAGCAUCGCCACCAGUCAGGCUGCUCCAUCUCAGGUCAGUGAGGUAAUAAAGGAGCGUGUGCAGGAGCACAGCAUCCAGCUCUCCUGGCAGGAACCCGAGCAGCCAAAUGGAGUCAUCACUGAAUAUGAGAUCAAGUACUAUGAGAAGGACCAGAAGGAUCGGAUCUACUCCACGGUCAAGUCCAAGUCCACCUCGGCUACGGUGAACAACCUGAAGCCCAGCACGGCGUACGUGUUCCAGAUCAGAGCCUUCACCUCGGCCGGGUACGGCAUGUUCGGGCCUAGGCUAGAGGUCACCACCAAGGACGAGUCUUCAGGAGCUGCCACGAUCGUGUCGAGCGAGCAGAACCCGGUCAUCAUCAUCGCCGUGGUAGCGGUGGCCGGCACCAUCAUUUUGGUGUUCAUGGUGUUCGGCUUCAUCAUCGGGAGAAGGUACGCUCUCGCGGCCCCCGUUGACUCGCCGCUCCUGCAUUGUGGCUACAGUAAAGCAGAUCAGGAAGGAGAUGAGGAGCUUUACUUCCAAUUUAAAUUUCCAGGCACCAAAACCUACAUUGACCCCGAAACCUAUGAAGACCCCAACAGGGCAGUGCACCAGUUUGCCAAGGAGCUGGACGCCUCAUGCAUCAAGAUUGAAAGGGUGAUUGGGGCAGGAGAGUUCGGUGAGGUGUGCAGCGGUCGCCUGAAGCUUCCUGGAAAGAGAGAUGUACCCGUGGCCAUCAAAACUCUCAAAGUGGGCUACACCGAGAAGCAAAGGCGGGACUUCCUGUGUGAGGCGAGCAUCAUGGGACAGUUCGAUCAUCCCAAUGUGGUCCAUCUCGAAGGCGUGGUCACCAGAGGGAAGCCGGUCAUGAUCGUCAUCGAGUACAUGGAGAACGGUGCUCUGGACGCCUUCCUCAGGAAGCAUGACGGACAGUUCACGGUGAUCCAGCUGGUGGGAAUGCUGCGGGGCAUCGCCGCUGGCAUGCGCUACCUCUCGGACAUGGGCUACGUGCACCGGGACCUAGCGGCGCGCAACAUCCUGGUCAACAGCAACCUCGUCUGUAAAGUGUCCGACUUCGGGCUGUCCAGAGUGAUCGACGAUGACCCCGAGGCCGUCUACACCACCACGGGCAGGAUGCAGGCUGUAAUGAGUGUGAUGUUUACUCCAGCCACUGACCCGCAUUUUACUGAACAGGGAGGGAAGAUCCCGGUACGAUGGACCGCCAUGGAAGCCAUCCAGUACCGCAAAUUCACAUCAGCUAGCGACGUGUGGAGUUACGGCAUUGUCAUGUGGGAGGUCAUGUCCUACGGUGAACGGCCAUACUGGGACAUGUCCAAUCAAGACGUCAUCAAGGCUAUUGAGGAGGGAUACCGUCUCCCAGCACCCAUGGACUGUCCUCCAGGUCUCCACCAGCUCAUGUUGGACUGCUGGCAGAAGGAGCGAGCUGACCGACCCAAAUUCGAUCAAAUAGUCGCCAUUUUGGACAAAAUGAUCCGCAAUCCCAGCACAUUGAAAACACCAGUGGGAACAUGUACAAGACCCAUCAGUCCGCUGCUGGACCAGAGCCCACCAGACUUCAGCUCGUUCCGCUCGGUGGCCGAGUGGUUGGAAGCCAUUAAAAUGGAGAGAUACAAAGACAACUUUACAGCAGCGGGCUACAGCUCAAUCGAGUCUGUGGCGAGGAUGACCAUCGAGGACGUGAUGGGUUUGGGAAUCUCACUGGUGGGUCAUCAGAAGAAGGUCAUGAGCAGUAUACAGACUAUGAGAGCUCAGAUGAUACACCUCCAUGGCUCAGGUGUCCAGGUGUGACGGACGCUCGCUCGGAGCAGGGCGGGGAUUUAGAAGAUUAGCGCGGGCGGAUCACCGCGGAACAAAAGAAAUAACGCUACUAAAAUCCCACACGACGUCUCUCUCCGAACACUGUCUCUUCCAGAAGCUGUGGAGACGAGGACUUGUUUCUUCAUUCUCUGGUGAAAGAUUUGAAGUGAAGGGACCGAAUCAGUGAAGGUGUGAAAUGAGAGAAAACUACCUGGAAACACUCAGUGGAGAGACGGAGCAUUUUCUAGCAAUCUGAAGCUUUUUAACCUUUUUUUCUUCCUCUGCUCAUCGUUGGUAUCGACUUCACUAGAAUAUGAAUAUUUUUUACAAAGAUGAAUGAAUUAAUAAUGCACAAAGUAAUCCAAUAUUCCCCCGAGACUCCCCCAGCGUGGACUUUAACCACAUUAACCGGCGCUGGUUCUCGCAGUUCCUUUUGACAGUUUUUGCCUUAUUGGAUUUUUAAGUGUGGAUUUUGACAACAGGGUAAAAAGUUGCCGCUGUAGGCAGCAGGGGCAGAAGCAGGACUUCGGUGCGUUGGACGUAACCUCGGCUUCUUCCCUCACAGCGAGUCGGAAACCUCGCGGUGUUUUUUGAUUCGUACGACUCCUCCGCAUUUGCAAUCUCUCGGGAGUAUUCCUUGCGAGCGCGCUUCGACGUGCCCGGCCUACAGAUGGCCGAGUUUUAUGAAGCGGCUGAAAGUUAAGAACUUCAAGAACCACUUCCUGACUACAUGCUCUACAGUUCCACUCUUAUUAUUUCAUUUCAUUUUAUUAAUUAUUUCUUGUUCAACGCUUGAACGCAUCGUAUUUUAUUUCCCCAUUCUCCUGCCUCCUUUUAUUUUCUCAUUAUUUUUUCAUGAGGUGUUCACGUACACAGCACUAUAGAAGACAGUAUUUAAUAUAAAAAACACUUCGAUUUAAAGGUAAUUGUUUGGCUUGCGUUCUUUUUUUUUUUUUUUUUUUUGCAGACGUUGCGUACGGUUUGUCUUUCUGCAGUCCAGUCAGUUCUCCGUUAAACUGAUGUUACAACCUUAGAGCUGAAUGUGGACCUGAGCUUGAUGAAUAUUUCUCAGUGUUUUUGUGUUUGGAACAUGCUUGUUUUCACUCAGUCGUGGGAACUUGACAAAGUGGAUGUAAACAGAAGGUCAUAUAUAUAUAUAUAUAUAUAUAUAUAUAUAUAUAUAUAUAUAUAUAUAUAUAUAUAUACAACUAUGAAUAUGUAUAUGAGUCUGGAAAAGAUGGAUAAAUCAGAGCAAUAAUUACCGAGAUGGUUCUUCUUCAUGAAUUUAAGGUGCUAUGUAGAUUUUUACCGUUUGGGUUUGUCAGCAGAACCUCGCCGCAGAAGUGAAACAUCGGCUUAGAGAGAACGAUUUCUAUAUGGGUUUCCUCUGGCCAGUGAGGUCAUCAAAGAACCACAAGAAUGUACUUCUGCGCAUUCGUGUGUGCGUGUGCGUGUGUGUGUGUGUGUGUGUGUGUGUGUGUGAGUCUUCCUUCUUAAUUCGAGACCUCGGAGGAAUUUUCAUUAUUAUACUUGCGGUUAAAGCCAGUUCCUCAGUACCAUCACGCUCGGGUCAGUGUUGGGAUCAGGCCCAGGAUCGGCCACAGACGCCCCGGGGGUUCAUGUGGGGGUUUUUGCAUUCACUUUAAGUUCUAUUGGAUUUUAUGGCUGCUCUAAAAUUACACAGCAAAAUAACAGUACUAAAAGGGUUAUAAACCUGCAGAAUGGGUUUUUGAUAGUUUUAGCACACACACACACACACACACACACACACACACACACACACACACACACAUAAAUGAUUAAGUAAAUAAAAUGUAAAACACUUGCAGUGAUUAGUUCACAUGUUUAAGAAAGUCAUUACUAACCUCACAUUGUGUGCUGGUAUGAAAGCCCUGACCCCAGGAGGUGUGUGUGUGUGUGUGUGGAUCUUGGAUGAGAUGAUGCCCAUAUCUCCGCUCCAUUGCGCUCGCCUCGGCACUGGAUCAGCUCCAGCGCUUUUUUCUCUCCUGAAUCGAAUGCGAGUAGAAAGCCUGUGGGUCAGCACAAAGCGCUCUGGCUCUCAUGCAAGCGGCGGAUUUUCGCCUCACAAAUUGUAAACACUUGCAUCAUUUCCUUCCUCUCAUCCCUCCCUCUCUCUCUCUUUUCCUCAUCCCUCUCUCUCAGCCCUCUCCAGCCUUUAGGGACAGCCAAUUUGAGAUUAACGCCAGGGUUCAAUCGAUCCUCAGUGGAGGCCGUCAUGACACUCCAAUGACAAACCUGCUGUACUGUUGAAAGCUUGACGGUGAGACCCCGGGGCCCGAGCCGUCAGCGGGGUCCGGUGUGUCGUCUUAGAAAAUAUCAACGCAAUGCAUUUGAAUCGCCCAGAUCUUUUUUUUUUUUUGGAAGAUUCCAAAGACGUCAGCACUGUUGAUUGUGUCGGGUUGGAGGGAAACUUUGUAUAUGAACUGAUUGUAAAACUUGUACAUGUUUUUAUUUAUAUUGUUUUCUCUUUCUUUUUUUUUUCCUUUUUUUUUUUUUAAACACACCUUUUCCUCCGUAGUGAGUUCAUUGAAAAUGCACUAUAUUUUUCUAUACCGCUUGCAGAUGUUUUAGUUCCCGGAUGUACAUAAUUUCUCAUGUAGGACCAAAGAUGGCCAAUAAGUUUCCAUUUAUUUGGGUUGUUUUUAUUUCCUGUCUUUUAGGUUCCAGUGUACAGUAAAACAAAUUGUCUGUUUUAUUACAGUUUAUUAUUUAUUUUCUUCCCAGCGAUGGCAGGAUGGAGAGUUCACAUCUUUGGUUUGAAAAGGAAUAUUUUCCCCCGAAUGCAGAUCUGUAAAAUCGUUACCUAGACUUUUGUUUUUUUUUGCUUUGUAACCUUUGUAAUAGACUGUACAUAUAUUUUUGGAAAUAUAAUACGAUCUCUAUAGAGAUGUCUCUAUCAGUUUGAAUUUGUUAUUGAGCCUCAGUGUUUUCUUCCAGGUUGAAAAGUUGUCCUUAUUAAACAUUAUUUUCAUAUCGGU